CUUAUAGAGGUGGAUUAUAAUUACUGCUGUAUUCCUACAUAUGAUCACGUUAAUGUUGCAGCUAGUGAAGUUGGAGCUAAUUUUAACUACUUUAUGAUAUAUUAUUAUAGAUUAAAGUCAUACAUAACCUAUUUGUUGAUUAUAUAGCUAAUGCUUUACUCUAAUCACCUUUAUAAGCAGUUUAUAAAGAUUUAAUAAAAAUUUAAUGUUAUAGCCAACAAAAGAUAAAUUUAAGUGUUUAAUGUAAAGCAUCUGUCAACAUUUAUCCUAUUUCACAUUAUUAAAAUGGUGUUUUCCUAUUUUAUUAUUAAUUAUGUGUUUGUCCAGUAGCUUUAUGGGUUUAAUUGUAUUGUAAAUGAAGUUUCCACCACUGUGUUCAAACAACCAAGGUACUCUAUGUGCAUGGGUAUGUAAUACACAGGUAGCUAAAUAUAUAGGCCAUAGCCUAGGUCAUUCUGUAUAUAGGCCUAUAUAUAAUAUAUACGGUAUGUUAUGAGGAUAUUUGGGGUCAUUUAUUUUGCACUGCUCUGCCAUCUUACACUCCUGUUUUAUCCCAUUUUAGUUUAGUUUUUUAUUUUCUAUUUUAUUCCAGUGGCCUACAUAUUAUGCAGCAUCUAACUUUUUGGCAUUGAAUAGGACAGAAUUAAUUUAGCUGAUUUUUGUGUUUUGUCUUAUUCCAGGAAAAUUAAACCUGGUUAAUGUUCCAUGCUUGGGAUUUCACAUUUCCUUUUAUUCAUAGAUUGAUUAAAUAUAUUUAAUGAAAACUUUAAAUUUUGGGAGGUGUGUGGUUUUAGAAAAUUGUUUAUUGUGAGUGUUAAAAUUUUGUGUUGAAGUUAUGGCUAAGCCAAUGAACCGAGUUCUGUUAUGGUGUGUGUCUCCACGACAGACGUAAAGUUGCCUUCACGGUAACCCCGACAACGGAACAUCCCUCCUGUAAAUUUUUAACUGCGGCGAUAACCUGGCGUUCACGUCGCUGUCCUCGGGAGAAAUUAAGCUUUUCAAGAGGAAGGAACUCUUAAUUUCCUCCACCGAGAAGUACCAAGGAAGACGGCGUCCAUUUUCCCGAGUCUACGCGGUAAACGCCUUGUGGGUAAAAUUACGUAGGCGAUCCUCUGACGCCUCUUUGUCUCGAAGGCAGCAUUACAGACUGUAGUGUCGUUGCUAUGGAAACUACACACAUUCUCAGUGGAGUGGGAGCGGUAUCGCCCCUGAUGAUCUCUCUCGGCUCCUUGCUGAUCUUCAACGACCUGACUUCAUCUUUUCCCGCUGCCCAGGCUGACAGCUCCAAAUGCAUCAGCGUGGACAAGCUGGAGGUUCACUUCGACAGAUUCCUGGAGAGACACUGGCGGGAGCAGAGUGUCUCUACACACCUGCCGCAGGAGGACGAUCUUACCUGUGCGCAGGUGGCCAAUCAAAUGCGCGGAGGAUUGAACAGCCGCUCCGUAUCCCCGUGGAAGUCCAGACUAGACCAUGACGUCAACAGGAUUCCUCAACAUAUUGUCUUCGCAGAGUGCCUCUGUCAGGGCUGCAUCAUCAACCAGCAUGAAAAUCUGAACUACAACUCUGUGCCUUUGUUCGCUAAGAAAAUGGUCAUGAACAAGACGAAAUGUAAACAUUGCCCGGGCAAAUACAAGGUCAAGGUGCAUUAUAUCCAAGUCCCUGUGGCCUGCGUGUGUGUUGUCCCCAAGUGAUUAUUCCAAUCACACACUCACAUCGGUGCUGAUUUUUAUUGUUUUCUUUAAUAACAAAGUUAACCAGAGCAAAAUAAUCCAUCUGGUAUCUUGGGGUCACAUUAAUCUAUUUCUCCAUUUAUUUAUUUCCCUAUUUAUCAGUUAGGUGAUAGGUUACUGUAGAGCUCGUCAUCACAGUUAUCUGAAAGUAGGAACUUAUGUCAGAGACGUUUUAUUAUUUAUAGUUUUGAUACCAAAACUUUUAGGUUUUGCUGCAGAAGUAAAAAACCUAAUUCAAAAUCACACUAGAAUUUCUUUCAAGAUAGGGAUGGCAGAUCUUUAGCCACACAAGCAACACAGCCGUGGGGAUGGCAGCAUCUGAAUUCUAACUUUUACAAUAUUUAGUUUUCUUAACCAAAUACCUGCAGAAAUUAUGCCAAAACUAACACACUAAGCUAACACACUUAACCAGACAAGCACCGUAUACUAAAUGUUCAUCAUAAGUAUGAAGUUAGACAUUAUAUUAAUAUUAAACAUCUGCAUGUCAUUGUCAUUAGAAGCAUUUUUAUGCCAACCAUGGAUGGAUUACUGAACAGGCUUCCGGGGACAAGGUUUCAAGGGUUUUUUAUUUCCAUCAGUCAGUUUUCUAGUUCUCUCAUUUAGGCACCAGCUAAAAAAUAAAUAGGGGACAAGUAUACAGCAUAAACUAAUGCUUCAUACGACAGCAUUUUUAGCCUAAGCUAGUUUGCAAUAUCCGUCCCUAGAUGAAUGUAAUAAAGGUGGAAGACCUACUGGUUUAACUCUGAAGCAUGAUCUGUAAAGAUUAAACCAGAGACAUGAGCCUUUGCUUUCACUCAACAGCAACAAAAUGCUCUGCAUUGACCACCUAAUGAUUUUUUUUUUUUGUACUGAUGAAUGUGAAACAUGACAAGAGCCAAGUCUCAUUGUACAGUCACUUUAUGCCACAGUGGCGAGGAGCUAGAAGCGAACAGCACUGAUAUCAAUACCAUUCCCAUGUCUGUACGCUAAAUAUGAAGCUACCGCUAGCAAAUGGUUAGUGUUGCAUGAAGAAUGGAAACAGAGAAACAGCUAGCCUAGCUCUGUCAAAUACUAACACUCAUACAACAAUGUCAAAAUUCUUCAUUCCAGGUGAAAGUCCUGUUUUCAGAAUCCUACUUCAGUUAAAGUACAAAAGUGUUACCAGCAAAAGGUACAUUAAAUUGUUAAUUGAUGCAUCUGUGAGAUUAUAGCUGCUCAAGGUGGAGGUGGUUUUAACUACAUUAUAUACAGUUAGCGAGUUUAGUCCAGUGGUUCUCAACAUAGGGGUCGGGCCCCUUCACGUCAACUAGUUAGCUGUCAGAUAAAUUUAAUGGAGUAACAAGUUCAAUAUUUGGCUCUGAAAUGUAGAGUAUGUACAGCAUGUAUACAAAAUGUUUGUUAAGCUAAGCUAACCAUCUCCUAGCCUAUAGAUAUGAUUUAACAGACAGACAAGUGAGUGGUAUCAAUCUUCUUAUCUAACUCUAAUGAACGCAUUACCCAAAAUGGGGAACUGUUCCUUUAAAAUAGGACAGUAUUUGGCACAUGUAUAUUAUAUGCGAGGUACACAUUGGUUACAUUAAUCUUUAAACUAUAUUUUGAUGAUUUAACUUUAAAAACACUGUAAGGCAUCAAAGUAGUAUUGGAGCUUAUGUGCUGUUUUUAGUUUUAGUUUUUAAGUAAGCCUCGUUAAGCUAAAUGUGAGGAUUCCUACAAUGUUUUUUGUACACUUGGUAAAAUUGGUUUUCAUAUUUUUUAUUAUAUUUUUUAUUAUAGUAAUUAUGAUUAAAUCUAAUGUAGAUUUGAUCACUGUGAACGGGCCAGUGAAUUAAGUUGUGUUUGUUUUAAAACUCCUUUGGCACACUGAAUAUUGCCUGCUGGUGGAUAAAGACUUAAUGUUAGACUGGAUGUUAAAAUAUGGCAUUAAUCUACGAGUUUUGAUUUAUUAUGAGAUUGUCUUGCACUGUAGGACAUUUUAUGGUGCACUGUUAAAGCUAGACGUUUUUGUUUUUGUUUGUUUCAGCACUGAAAUCGAGACAUAAAUUCAGAUAGAUAAUGCCAUUAACAUGAACUAAUUAACUGUUGAGUGGCUCUAAGAUUUGUAAUGAUGAGCUUUCACUGGCCCAGAGAGGUAGUUCCUCAUCACAGCUUAGGGUGUUGUUUUGUCUUGUUGUGACAAUGGUCAAAGCCUCACUGACUCCUGUGUUGCUGCUCGGCUUGUCAGAAACAUUUGUUCAACUCUGUCCAUGUUCUUUUCCAUUUGCAACUAAGCACUUUUAAAACAAUUUGCCAAAAAUAAAAAAUAAUGAAUCAAAAAAGUUUCUUUGCGUCAUUCAUCUUUUGUACUGCAUCUGUCACAACCAAGCAA